UUUAGUUUAGUUUGUUCCGUUUGUUGUGCUGUCUUUUCUCUAUUCCUCUAUAUCUUCGCUCUUUUCUCUCUCUAACCCGAUGUGCAUGUGCGUGAGUGAACCAUUCAUACGAAAAAUACACGAAAACAAAAAUAAUCACAACGCCAAAAUGAAGUGACUUGCUCUGGACAGAAAAAUAACAACACGCGAGAUGCCGCGCUGUCUUAUGGCAAAAAAAUUCAAGGCUUAUACGUGGCCGACGGAGAGGACAGAUGCUCCGGAAGAAGAAGAUGAAGAAAUUGAUGUGGUCGGGGACUCGCCGGCUACAGCGACUUCUUGCUGGGGGCCGUCCAGCCCCACCGAGGGGGCCACUGCACCUAGCCCCCCUCCUACAUCGCCACACGGGACUACUUUACUCUACAACGGAUAUCUUCACGAUAUUUCUUCUUCAAGCUACACAACUUUUGUUCCAAAAUCUGAACUACCUAGUCAACCACAAGCGUCUUACAUCACUUUAAGAAAUGCUGAAGAACCAACUGACGUACGGUAUGAGUAUAACACUUCUAAUCAAGUUCCAAUCAAACACAAAAAAUCUUUAGCAAUGACUUAUACGAGUACCGGAACAGCGCUGAGUUUGCCUCCAAAGAAGAAGGAUAUAUACCGACCUUACUCACUUGAAGACAAACCUUCUCCUCCGUUUUUUCAUCACACCAUUAGAGUUCCAGCUGAAGAAGAUCUUCACGCUGCUCACGCUAUACUGGACUUAAGUGCUUCUACGACGGUUUUUUUACCACCUCCACCGCAAAUUCAAAUACAAGAACAACACCAUAUAUUGGAACUUCCUCCGGAUGUCCAAGAUCCAAACAUUCCUCAAACAAUGGGCGACUUAAGUCCAUCUAUAAAGCCUGCUAAAACUAUAGCGUACACUUAUGAAGCCUUUUUCGUAAGUGAUGGACGAUCAAAAAAGAGACACGAUUCUGAAGAAUCUCCGGGAAAUAUAACAGUAGUUAAAGUUACAGAAAAACCUAAAUAUACCUGCAGCGAGUGUGGAAAACAAUACGCGACGUCUAGUAACCUCUCCAGGCAUAAACAAACUCAUCGAAGUCUGGAUUCACAAGCUGCCAAAAAAUGUAUAACAUGUGGAAAAGCAUACGUAAGCAUGCCCGCUUUAGCGAUGCAUGUUCUUACGCAUAAACUAGCUCAUCGGUGUGGGGUCUGUGGGAAGCAGUUUUCACGACCAUGGCUUCUCCAAGGUCACCUCAGAUCCCACACUGGAGAAAAACCAUAUGGUUGUGCACACUGUGGGAAAGCCUUUGCCGAUCGAUCAAAUUUGAGAGCACACAUGCAGACGCAUUCAGCAGACAAAAACUUCGAAUGCCCGCGCUGCCAUAAAACGUUUGCUCUUAAAUCUUAUCUCAACAAACAUCUGGAAUCAGCUUGUUUGAAGGAAGAAGUUAUAUCUCCAUUAACUUGUAAAGAAGAGCCAAGUUCAAAAGAAAUAACUGUAGCUACACCUGUGCCGGUUCGUGUUUACGCAGGUUGAUUUUAGUCGUACCACAACAAAUGAACCUGCGUGGACUACAAAUCGGCAGACUCUUGCCUAUAUGACGUCCUCUAGCUCUUGCCAAAGUCUAUAUUUUUUCAAUGUAGUAUAAUAAUAUUCUUGCACUAUAGUUGGAGGAAUCAUGUAAAUUAUUAUGGAAUGCCGUGGCCUCUCUCGAUCUGAGUUUGUCUAGUCAAGCUUUCUAGUCUUUCCUUAGUUUAGUUAAGCGUUACAUCUACGGCAAAGGCGAGCAUGGCCGCCUAGAUAGCCGGAUUUAUUUUUCGUAAGUGACGCCCCUUGUAAAUAUCCCCUCCAAAGAGAUAACACAUCGCAACACGUCCACUAAUUUAGGAUUAGUACAUAAGCUGUACCUUUUAGACUAAUAAUUCAAAAGGAUGUAUAUAGACAGCAGUUAUUGCAGACACUGUUUCUUCUACUUUUUUUGCAGAGAUAAAGGUAGCGAUCGAAGGAGGCUGGAAAGUACGUUGGCCCUAAAAGGGAGAUAAAAUAUUAUCAAAAUUGUAUUUUAGGCACGUCGGAAUUGAUAGAAACAAUAUUGUUUUUUAAAAUGCGUUUAAAACGUUCGAUGAAUGUUUACCCCCCGUUAAGACAGUCAAAAUGACCUCACUCCAAGAAUUCCCUGUUUUUCAUUUUUUUACGUUCUAUGUGCUUAAAAAAUAACACUCGGAGCAAUUUUAGCCCUCCACUUCCCUCCUCAGCCCCCACCACCAAAACCGUCAUUUUUGAGUUUUUAUUUUUUUUCCACAUAAAACCAUAGGUUGAGUAUAGGUACAUAACCUCAAAAUGAUUUUUUUUCCGAAAAAAAAAAAACGAUUAACUUUCUUUUGGAGAGAAGAUUUAAUUUUUUGUGUUGUGUAUUUUUUUAAAAAGUAUGUUUUUAAAAAACAUGGGAUGUUGUAUUUUCCAGCCGUAGAGAAAUAAAAUAUAUGCAACCUCUUCUUAUACGAAAAACCUAGUUUUUAAUUUUUUUUGUAAAUUUUUACUGGAUAUUUACAUCUUUUAUGCCCGGUUGCACCAACAGAUCUUAAGCUGAAGUCGAGAUUAUCAUAAGAAUUAAUAUAAUAUAAUUAUAAUAUAUUACAAUAUACCAUAAUAUAAUAAUAAGAAUACCAUAAUAUAAUAAUAGAUAUAAUUGAUAAUAAGGUAAGAAUCUAAAAUUAUGGUGCAACGUAAGUGAUACUCAAGGAGGCCCUAUCCAUAAGUGGAGCUUAGCUAAGCUGGAGCUUAAGAUCUGUUGGUGCAACCAGGCAUUAAUACCUUUAAAUACUAUUAUGACGCGCAUUGCAAAGAAAACCAGGCUUUUCGCAUGGUUUAAAAAAUCUUUAGCUUCUCUGAAUAUGGGAAAUACAUAGUCUUGCGUUAUUUUAUUAAGUUUUUGAAAAGAUUCUGUUUUCAAAAAUUUUGUGUGAAUAAAUCCAGUAAAGACCCCUGUAUAACCAUUAAAAAUCUGAUGUUUUGUAUAAGCGAUGGUUGCAUUUACUUCCUUUAGGCCUGAAACUAUUUUUAUAUUUAUUUAGUAUGAAUUGGAAAUGAAUUGAUUCAGAUCGAUCUCAAUAAAUAUGCUUAACUCCGCAAAAACCCUCAAAAAUCUCAAAAACAUGGUUUUUCGAGGGGUUUAAAGGUGUUUAUUCCAAUUUUUGAAUAUCUUAAAGGAAUUAUUUACUUCAAAUCUACCUAUAAAAAAAAUUGAUCUGAUCUAUAUUAAAGGCUAUAAAGUAGAAAAUUUUUCCAAAAGACCCUAAAAACAAGUUCUGCGUGUUUUUGAAGGUUAAGUCUGGAAUAAAUCAUAAAUAUAUUUUUUGAUAAAAUAUGUACAUAACACAAAAAAAAAACGAUAUACUCAAUAUAAAUUUUUAAAUAAUUGAUUGCAAGCCACCGAAAAAAAAAAUAAAUAAAAAAUGAAGUUUUUGAUUGUAAAGGGAGGGGGAGAUGGGAUGGGCUAAAAUGUUGAUGAAUCUUAUUGUUUAAUCACACAGGACAUAAAAAAUAUAAAUAAACGUAAAAAAUUGAAUUCUGGGAGUGAGGACAUUUUGUCCAUCUUAACGGGGGUACCCUUUCCUUUUUGUGUAUUAAACUAAUUAUUAAUGUCAAUCAUAGACUGAAUUUAAGACUAUAUUAUAUAUAGCUAUUCAGUAACAGUCAAUGUUUUGCGUUAACCAAAAGAUAUCUAUGUAUUUAUAAAAUAUUAAGUUUUGGAUUUUCUAAAAAAAUGCCUAGAAAAUACGGUUAUUAAAAAAAUUAGUCUUCCAAUUAAAUAAUAUAUUAUUAGCUUAAAAUAAAUUGUUUUUUACAAAGUAUUAUUUUGUUAUUUGAAUUCAUACUUGCAGAAGCAUGAUUUGGUAAGCUUUAUUUUAAAAAACCUUUCAUACUAUGAUUUGUAUACACUUUUUAACCAAAUUUUAUUAUUUGGAAAACGUUUAAAUCAAUGAUUAAAUAAUAGUAAUUUAUAAACGAAUUUUUUAAGCAUUGUAUAUUAUGUGAAACAAAAAGUAUGAAGUACAUGCUUUAAUAUUUUGUAAUUUUCUUAAGUAGAAAUACUAAAAGUAACAUAAUAACUGGACUGCAUCCCAGGACUGGUUCUGCACUAAAGUAACAAUACAUGGAAUUGAGGAACACAACAAGGAAAACAUAACAGAUUUCUCAAAAGAGCACAAAAGCUGGCAACACAUUUAUUGAUAAACGGUGUUCUUUCAGGAGACGAUUUGCUUAACGACCGAUGUACCGAACGCCGGAAAAAUUAUUCCAACCGUCCUAGUAGAUUUUGCUUAGCGGCAUUUGUCAAUGGAAAUAAACAAUUGGAUUUUGUUUAUUCUCGUCGAAUAUUUUUAGCCGCAAUCCUAAAAGUCCUAAAAUUCCCUUUCGAAGACUUGUAAGACGGAAACUUAAACCUUUUAGCAAAUUUUUAUAUUAUACAGAGGCAAAACAAAAUUCUACAAUCUUUUUUGUAUUUUUGUAUAGAAUGACCUAAAAUAAGCUAUUUUAUAUUUUAUAAUAUCUUCUUCUUCUUCUUAGCCUUCUAUCGUCCACGUUUGGACAUAGGCCUCUCCCAACUCCUUCCAUCGGUCUCUAUCCUGAGCAACAUAUUUCCAAUUCGUUCCGGCUACUCUUAAUAUCAUCAACCCAUCUCAUCUGUGGUCUUCCUCUCGGUCGUUUACUUUGGUAAGGUCUCCAAUGUUGUAUCGUGGCAUUCCAACGUUGGUCUUUUUGUCUAUUUUAUAAUAUAGUUUCCACUUAAACAAAAAAAUAUUGAAUUAGUAUGAUAUAGAUUUGAUCAGUGCAUCCUUCCUGUUCUGACGUAUGGCUCAGAAACAUGAAAAACAAAGGACAACAUAAACAAAAUAGAAAUAACUCAAACAAAAAUGGAAAGAUCCAUGUUGGGAAUAAAACUGCUAGACAGAAAAUCAAACAAAUGAAUAAGAGAGAAAACACAAGUCAAAAAUGUAACAGAACAUAUAACAGGGUUAAAGUGGAGAUUUGCGGGCCCCAAUGCCAAAUAGGAAGGUAAAAGAUGGAAUGCUGAAAUCCAAAACUGGAGAUCGUAGACAGGAAGAAGAAGAAGAGAAAGACCUCAGAUGCGAUGGAAAAACGAUAUUGUAAAAGCUGCAGGAACUAACUGGAAAAGCGCAGCCAAGGACAGACGGAAAUGGAAAGAUUUGAGGAAGGCCUAUAUUCAAAGUUAUAUAGAAAUAGGCUAAAGAAGAAGAAGAUGACAUAGAUGAUUUUCAUAUGCAACUUAACGCUUUCAUAACUACAAUGCUUAAAAUUUUGAAGAUAGAAUAAUUUAGAUUACCGACUUUAUGGGUGAUUCCAUUUCAAAUCACUCAAUUUUGGAUCAAAAAACUUUUUGAACUUCUAUUUGUCUGAAAAUUGGUAUAUAGCACCUGCGGGAUGUAGAAAUAAAGCAUUUAAGAUCGAAUUGUCUUCUUCUUCUCUUUUGUCUCAAAAUGUUCU